GAAGGAGAAGGAGAGAUCUUUGUUACAAACUUCCGUCCUUCCUCCUGCUUCUGUUCCCUUACCCUCUGCCCCCUGCAGAGUUCUGUUUUCUGGGAAUCAGCAAGUAAGAUCACAAGUAGUCUUUUCUUUUUUCACUCUCUCCCAUAAAGAAAGCUUUAUCACGUGCGGCCUUAAACUUGCAGCAAAUUGCAAAGAAAUGGCUCAAAGGCUUCAGCUCUUUCUGUGCCCUGGGAGCUGAGAUGCAUGUCAGUGGCUUUGCCAGCGUGGCCUGUUCCCUGCAGACUGCCAGAGAAAAGAGGCCAAGAGGAAAGAGAAAAGAGAAGAAACUGGCCAGGGGUGAGACCAUGCCCUGUAUCUUUACUUUGCCCUGAUCUGCUCUGUGUCCAGCGAGGCUCUCCCCACCUGACAAAAUUGCUCUAAGCUGCUGUAGGGUCCACCUGCUUCUUCUUUCAGGUUCUUGAGUGUGGUCCAGCCUCUUGCUGGGCACACGGAGGGGAAAUGGCCAUCUGAUCUCCACCUCCAGGUUGUCACAGAGCCAGGCUGAACUUCCUGUACUAUACAGCAAGUUUCCAUUAGCUAUCUAUUUUACAUACGAUCAGAAUCAAGGAACUUUUUCAAAAUGGACACUUCAUCCAAAGAAAAUAUCCGGUUAUUCAGCAAAAAUUCCAUGCAACCUGUUGGGAGGCUUUCUUUUAAAACAGAAUAUCCCUCCUCAGAGGAAAAACAACCCUGCUGUGGUCAACUAAAGGUAUUCUUGGGUGCCUUGUCUUUCGUUUACUUUGCCAAAGCACUGGCAGAAGGCUAUCUGAAGAGCACCAUCACUCAGAUAGAGAGAAGGUUUGAUAUCCCUUCUUCACUGGUGGGCAUUAUUGAUGGUAGUUUUGAAAUUGGGAAUCUCUUAGUUAUAGCAUUUGUUAGCUACUUUGGAGCCAAGCUUCACAGGCCAAAAAUAAUUGGAGCUGGGUGCCUGAUCAUGGGAGUUGGAACAUUGCUCAUUGCAAUGCCUCAGUUCUUCAUGGAACAGUACAAAUAUGAAAGGUAUUCUGUUUCCAAUUCCACUCUCAGCAUCUCUCCAUGUCUCCUGGAUUCAAACAAUUCAUUACCAAUUCCAGUUGUGGAAAAAUCACAAUCCAAAAUAAACAAUGAAUGUCAAAUUGAUGCCAGCUCCUCCAUGUGGGUUUACGUCUUCCUGGGAAACCUUCUUCGUGGAUUUGGAGAAACUCCCAUUCAGCCUCUAGGCAUUGCCUACCUUGAUGAUUUUGCUAGCCAGGACAAUGCGGCUUUCUACAUUGGAUGUGUGCAGACAGUUGCAAUUAUAGGACCAAUCUUUGGCUUCCUGUUAGGCUCGUUAUGUGCCAAACUGUAUGUUGACAUUGGCUUUGUAAAUCUAGAUGAUAUAACCAUCACCCCAAAGGACCCGCAGUGGGUGGGUGCCUGGUGGCUUGGCUACCUCAUAGCAGGAAGCAUCACUCUUCUGGCAGCUGUGCCUUUCUGGUGUUUACCAAGGACUCUACCAAGACCCAGGAGCAGAGAGGACUCCAGUUCCUCCUCUGAGAAAUCUAAGUUUAUUAUGGAUGAUCACACGGAUUACCAAACACCUCCUGGAGAAAAAGCAAAAAUCAUGGAAAUGGCAAGAGAUUUUCUGCCAUCACUGAAGAGUCUUUUUGGAAAUCCGGUGUACUUCUUAUAUUUGUGUGCAAGCACCGUUCAGUUCAACUCUUUAUUUGGCAUGGUAACUUACAAACCGAAGUACAUUGAGCAACAGUAUGGGCAGUCAGCCUCUAAGGCCAACUUUGUUAUCGGGCUCAUCAACAUACCUGCAGUGGCCCUCGGAAUAUUCUCUGGGGGAAUAGUUAUGAAAAAAUUCAGAAUCAGUAUUCGUGGUGCUGCAAAACUUUACUUGGGAUCAUCGGUCCUUGGGUACCUGCUAUUCCUUUCCCUGUUUGCACUGGGCUGUGAAAACUCUGAUGUGGCAGGAUUAACUAUCUCCUACCAAGGAACCAAACCUGUCUCUUAUCAUGAACGAGCUCUCUUUUCAGAUUGCAACUCAAGAUGCAAAUGUUCAGAGACAAAAUGGGAACCCAUAUGUGGUGAGAAUGGAAUCACGUAUGCAUCGGCUUGUCUUGCUGGUUGUCAAACCUCCACCGGGAGUGGAAAGGCGACUAUAUUUAAUAACUGUACCUGUGUGGGACUUGCAGCCUCAAAAUUAGGAAAGUCCUCAGGCAUGGUGGGCAGAUGUCAAAAAGAUAAUGGAUGCGCCAAAAUGUUCCUGUAUUUCCUCGUGAUUGCAGUCAUCACAUCCUAUACUUUGUCUGUAGGCGGGAUACCUGGAUACAUCUUGCUUCUGAGGUGCAUUAAACCACAACUUAAGUCUUUUGCCUUGGGUAUCUACACCUUAGCAGUAAGAGUUCUUGCAGGAAUCCCAUCUCCCAUAUAUUUUGGAGUUUUGAUUGAUACUUCAUGCCUCAAGUGGGGAUUUAAAAGAUGUGGCAGUAAAGGAUCCUGUAGAUUGUAUGAUUCAAGUGCUUUCAGACACAUAUAUCUGGGACUAACCAUGAUGCUUGGCAUAAUGUCCAUUUUCCUGAGUACUGCAGUGCUUUUCACUUUAAAGAAAAAUUAUGUUUCAAAACACAGAAGCUUCAGGACCAAGAGAGAAAGAACAAUGGUGUCAACAAGAAUCAGGAAGGAGAAUUGUACUACAAGUGAUCAUUUGCUACAUCCCAACUAUUGGCCAGGCAAGGAAACACAGCUUUAGAAAAAUGGUCACUUGAAGCCAUGUUUUCUGAUUUCUGGAAAUUCUGCAAACCAAUAUUAGUCAGAAGGGUUUUAAAUGUGUGAAUUCUUUCUCCUUUCAAAAAGCUGUCUACUUUGUUUUUGAUACUGUACCUGAUAACAAAUAUAAUUAAUCAUGUUAUAGAAGAUGUAGAUGGUAAAGUUAAUUAUACAUAUUUUAAAUUUAUAAACAAAUUCCUUAUAUCAUUUACUCAUUCUGCUGAAUUUUGCCUGUGCCCAUUGAUAAAUUAGCUGUACUUCUAGUAGAACAAUUGUCAAUAUAACUUAAUGGCUGUAUGUAAUUUCCAAACUGACAUACUUGCCUAGGAUAAGAGAAUACUUAAGGAAAAAAAAUUAAACAACUUGUGUGUGUGUUCAGUCACUCAGUUGUGUCUGACUCUCUGCAACCCCACAGACUGUAGCCUGCUAGGCUCCUCUAGUCCAUGGAAUUUUCCAGGCAAGAACACUAGAGUAGGUUACUACCAUUUCCUACUCCAGGGGGUCUUCCAGACCCAGGGACUGAACCUGUGUCUCUAUUGUCUCCUGCACUGGCAGACAGAUUCUUUACUACUAGCAUCACCCACCUAGGAAACAUCAUCCUUCAAAUAUCAACUUAAUGAUGAUGUUUGGAUAGAGUAAGAACAUGUAGAUGAAGAUUUCAUUUUAAGCUCCUUUCUUUUGAAAUAUAGUAACUGAUAUAGAUUACUAUAUCAAUCUAUAUAGUAUCUAUAUGCUCUAUCAUUGCAAAUGAUUUUGGAGGAUUCGAAUUUUGAAAUACUAACUCUUCUGCUGUUCAUUAUUUCUACUUUUUCUGUGAAAUUUUUUUAAGUGACUGUAGUUGUGAAGUAAUAAAAUGUAUAUGCUUUCCUGUCCUUUUAUGAAUUCAAUGAAGUAAAAAAUAUUGUUAAUACUGCCCACAUUUUAAAUAUAUAAGUAGCUCCAGACUUAUGACUGCGACAUGGUACUGAUAUAUAUUUGAAAGUGAAUUUCUGAAAAUCUACAAUGAACUUAUAUAUUAUGAUAGGAACACACAGUGAUGGCUUGAGUGGUGGUGGGUAUGGUCCCUUUUGGUGGCCUUCCUGGCAUCUGUCUCAAGGUUUCUGGAUGGGGUGGUACCACUGGUACACCCUGCCAUAUAGUUCUCUGUCUGCAACUGAAAAAGUCAAGCCAGGCAUUUCCUCUUGACUGACUUCCUGGUCUUGCUCUCACUAAAACUAGCAGAUUCAGCAGUCCGCCAUCGUCAAUCUUCAGCUCUUCCAUGUGUCAUGUCUUUCUUCCUCUAUCACAACUGCACCCUAGGAGGGACCUGACCUUCCCGAGAAAAACAGACCUAGGUAGAUCCACCCCUCCCUACCAGUAAA